GGGCGGCGGCUUGAGUCUCCGCACCCCGCCUCCCGCAGCGCCGGCUGAGCACAGACCUAAAGCGAGGCGGGUCGAGCGAGCAUGGCGGGGGCUCGGGCGGCGUUGCUACCACUGCUCCUGCACCUCGGGAGCCUGGCGCUGGCCGCGCGGGAUACUGAGACCCCGCCCGCGAGCAUCAUCCUUGUGGAUGGAAGUUGGGCAGGGAGACCAUGUCAAGACAGUGCCAAUUUCUGGGGACAAGGUGGAGAGGUCUCCAGAGAGCAGCCUAGGCUUGCUGAUGCUAUCUCUCAGCAGCAGGCACCCUCCCACUCCUUGGUCCCUGGUGAGACCCACCAACAGCAGUGGUGCCCCCUGGAGGAGAGGCUGGAACGGCUGGAGGCAGAGGUGACUGACCUCAGAAAGCAGAACAGGGAGCUGCAAGCCAGGGUGGUGCAGCUGGAGUCCUGUGAGUGCUGGGGGCCAGGUCACACCUGUCCCGAAGGAGCUCGCUGGGAGCCUGAUGCCUGCACAGCCUGCGUGUGCCGUGAUGGAACGGCGCACUGUGGCCCCCAGCCCAACCUGCCCCACUGCCGUGGCUGCAGCCACAAUGGGCAGUCUUAUGGUCAUGGGGAGACCUUCUCCCCAGAUGCCUGUACCACCUGCCGCUGUCUGGCAGGAACCGUGCAGUGCCAGGGGCCUUCAUGCUCUGAGCUUAACUGUCUGGAGAGCUUCAUCCCUCCUGGAGAAUGUUGCCCCAUCUGCCGGCCAGGCUGUGAAUAUGAAGGGCAGCUUCACCAGGAAGGGUCUAGUUUCUUGUCCAGUUCCAACCCAUGCCUCCAGUGCUCUUGCCUGAGGAGCCUGGUUCGAUGUGUGCCUGUGAAGUGCCAGCCAAGCCCCUGCCUCAAUCCAGUCCCGAGGCUUGGACACUGCUGCCCAGUCUGCCAAGCCUCAGGCUGCACAGAAGGGAACUCUCAUAGGGACCAUGGCCAAGAGUGGACCACUCCUGGAGACCCCUGCCGCAUCUGCCAGUGCCUGGAGGGCCACAUCCAGUGCCGCCAGCGGGAGUGUGCCAGCCUGUGUCCAUACCCUGCCAGGCCCCUUCCGGGCACCUGUUGCCCGGUGUGUGACGGCUGUUUCCUAAAUGGGCGGGAGCACAGCAGUGGGGAGCCCGUGGGCUCCCAGGACCCCUGCUCUAGCUGCCGCUGUACCAAUGGGAGUGUCCAGUGUGAGCCUCUGCCCUGCCCGCCUGCACCCUGCAGAUACCCGGGCAGGAUCCCUGGGCAGUGCUGCCCUGUCUGUGAUGGCUGUAAAUACCAGGGACAUGAAUAUCGGAGCCAGGAGACCUUCACCCUCCAAGAGAAUGGCCGCUGCCUUCGGUGCGUCUGCCAGGCUGGUGAAGUAUCCUGUGAAGAACAGGACUGCCCAGUCACUCCCUGUGUCCGCUCUGCCUCCGGCCCCCAGCUCUGCUCCGCCUGUGUGCUCAAUGGUGAGGAGUUUGCUGAGGGGAUCCAGUGGGAGCCAGAUGACCAGCCCUGUACUUCCUGUUCCUGCCAAGAUGGAGUGCCUGUGUGCAGGGCUGUGCUUUGCUCUCCAGUACCCUGCCAACAUCCUACCCAGCCACCUGGUGCCUGCUGUCCCAGCUGUGAUAGCUGCACCUACCACAGCCUGGUGUAUGCUAAUGGGCAGAACUUCACAGAUGUGGACAGCCCUUGUCAGACCUGCUACUGCGAGGAUGGGACUGUGAGGUGUUCAUUGAUCAACUGUCCUUUCACAACCUGUGCCAAGCCCCAGAAUGGACCAGGCCAGUGCUGCCCUAAGUGCCCAGACUGCAUCUUGGAGGCACAGGUGUUUGUAGAUGGGGAGCGCUUCCCUCAUCCAAGAGACCCCUGCCAGGAGUGCUGGUGUCAGGAAGGCCAAGCUCACUGCCAGCUCCGUGCCUGCCCCAGCGCCCCCUGUGUUCACCCUCUGCCAGGCACCUGCUGCAAGAAUGACUGCACAGGCUGUGCCUUUGGCGGGAAAGAGUACCCCAAUGGAGCGGACUUCCCACAUCCCACUGAUCCGUGUCGCCUGUGUCGCUGUCUGAGCGGCAACGUACAGUGCCUGGCGCGUCGCUGUCCGCCACUGUCCUGUCCGCAGCCAGUCCUCACUCCGGGAGACUGCUGCCCGCAGUGCCCAGAUGCCCCUGCUGACUGCCCACAGUCAGGGAAUAUGGUCCCUGUCCGCCACCAGGAGCACUUUUUCCAACCGGGAGACCCUUGCAGCCGCUGCCUCUGCCUGGAUGGCUCAGUGUCCUGCCAGCGGCUGACCUGCCCUCCUGCGCCCUGCGCCCACCCACGCCGGGACGCCUGUUGCCCCUCUUGCGACGGCUGCCUGUAUCAGGGGAAGGAGUUUGCCAGUGGGGAGCGUUUUCCAUCACCAAACGUUGCGUGCCACGUGUGCCUCUGCUGGGAGGGCAGCGUCAAGUGCGAGCCCAGGACUUGUGCCCCUGCACAGUGCCCCUUUCCCACCAGGGAAGACUGCUGCCCUGCCUGUGAUAGCUGUGAUUAUCUUGGGGUCUCCUAUCUGAGCAGCCAGGAGUUCCCAGACCCCCGGGAAGCCUGCAACCUAUGCACCUGCCUUGGAGGCUUCGUGACUUGCACCCGCCGGCCCUGUGAGCCUCCAGCCUGCAGCCAUCCACUCAUCGUACCCGAGCACUGCUGUCCAACCUGCCAGGGAUGCCUGUACCAUGGGAUCACUGCUGCCCUUGGAGAGACCCUUCCUGACCCCCUUGACCCCACCUGCUCCCUCUGCACCUGUGAGGAAGGUUCUAUGCGCUGCCAAAAGAAGCCAUGCCCUCCGGCUCCCUGCGCUCACCCGUCUCCAGGCCCCUGCUUCUGCCCUGUUUGUCGCAGCUGCCUCUCUCAGGGCCGGGAGCACCAAGAUGGGGAGGAGUUUGAGGGACCCGAGGGCAGCUGUGAGCGCUGCCGCUGUCUGGCCGGCCAGGUCAGCUGCACGAGGCUUCAGUGCCCGUCCCUGCCCUGCUUGCACCAGGUCACAGAACCAGGGACCUGCUGUCCUCGAUGCACAGGCUGCCUCGCUCGUGGGGAGGAGCAUCCUGAAGGGAGUAGCUGGGUGCCAGCGGACAGCCCCUGUUCCUCCUGCAUGUGUCACAAGGGCAUCAUCACUUGUGCCCAAGUCCAGUGUGUCAGCGCCUGCAUCUGGCCCCAGGAGGGGCCCAGCGACUGCUGUCCUCAGUGCUCUGGCUGUGAGCAUGGGGGCAGGAAGUAUGAGCCUGGGGAGAGCUUCCAGCCUGGGGCAGACCCGUGUGAAGUGUGCAUCUGCAAGGAGCAAGCUGACAUGCCCACAGCUCCCAAAGACAUGGGUGUAGCAGACAGGUAUCCUGGUGCCCGGGAGCAGCUCGCGUUCCACAGCCUUGGACUCAGCUCUGUCCAUUCUUGUUGCAGCAGAAGCGUGAGGGGCCUCCCAGCCUUCACUGUAGUCGGCGGCAGUGCCCCAGCCUGGUGGGCUGCCCACCAAGCCAGCUUCUUCCUCCUGGCCCCCAGCACUGCUGUCCCACCUGUGCCCGUGAAGGCACUGAGUAACUGCACAGAGGACCUGGUGGGGUCUGAGCUGGUGCCACCAGACCCCUGCUACACCUGUCAGUGUCAGGAUCUGACGUGGCUCUGUACUCACCGGGCCUGUCCUGAGCUCAGCUGUCCCCUGUGGGAGCGUCACACAACCCCUGGCAGCUGCUGCCCCGUGUGUAAAGACCCUACCCAGUCAUGCAUGCAUCAGGGUCGCUGGGUGGCCUCUGGAGAACAGUGGGCAGUGGAUGCCUGCACCAGCUGCUCCUGUGUGGCUGGUACUGUGCACUGCCAGACCCAGCGCUGCAGGAAGCUCGCAUGUAGCCGGGAUGAGGUCCCUGCCCUGAGUCCCGGCAGCUGCUGUCUCCGCUGUUUGCCCCGGCCGGCUUCCUGCAUGGCCUUCGGAGACCCCCAUUACCGCACCUUCGAUGGCCGCCUGUUGCACUUCCAAGGCAGCUGCAGCUACGUGCUGGCCAAGGACUGCCACGGCGAGGACUUCAGUGUGCACGUGACUAAUGAUGACCGGGGCCGGAGGGGUGUGGCCUGGACCCAAGAGGUAGCAGUGCUGUUGGGAACCGUGGCUGUGAGGCUGCUGCAGGGCAGGACAGUCAUGGUGGACCAGCACACAGUGACCUUGCCCUUCCUCCGGGAGCCACUGCUGUACAUUGAGCUUCGUGGUCACACUGUGAUCCUGCAUGCCCAGCCUGGGCUUCAGGUGCUGUGGGACGGGCAAUCCCAGGUGGAGGUGAGAGUUCCCAGCUCCUACCGGGGCCAGACUUGUGGUCUCUGUGGGAACUUCAAUGGCUUUGCCCAGGAUGAUCUGCAGGGUCCGGAUGGGAGGCUCCUGCCCACAGAGGCUUCGUUUGGGAACAGCUGGAAGGUCCCCAAGGGGCUGGGGCCUGGCCGGCCGUGUUCUGCAGGCCGAGAGGUGGACCCGUGCCGGGCAGCAGGCUACCGUGCCAGGCGUGAGGCCAAUGCCCGGUGCGGGAUCCUGAAGACUUCACCGUUCAGUCAUUGCCAUGCUGUGGUGCCCCCGGAACCCUUCUUUGCUGCCUGUGUGUACGACUUGUGUGCUUGUGGUCCAGGCUCCUCCUCUGACACCUGUCUCUGUGAUGCCCUUGAAGCCUACGCUAGCCACUGUCGCCAGGCAGGGGUGACUCCUGUCUGGAGGGGUCCUACACUCUGUGGCAACCACUCCUGGGUAUCCAAGACUCCCCUGCAGCCCCAAGCAAGCCUUGACCCUGUACCAACUUCUCUUCCAGCGCUCUGCAGAUCUAGGCCAGCUUCAAAAUGCCUUACAGCAGGGCUGGAGCUACCUAUGACACUGCUGGAGAUGGAGGGGAGCCAGCGGGCACAGGAGAAGCUUCUCUGGGACUUGGAGCUGCUGACUGGGGUAGGGCUGGGCCUCUUCUGGCCCCCCUGGGCCGGGUACUGCAGCCAGAGGAGCCAGACUCAGUAUGCACAGAGCCAGUGCAGCCAGUCCUGGGGCAGGAGUGUAGAUGAAGACUUUGAGCAGCUGAGUUCCAAGCUGUGUCCUCCACCCCAGGCUGGGGAAGCCCACAGUGAGAGCCACCAGCUCCUGAAGGGGAAGCUGGCUACAGAUUCUUCAUCUGCUUCAGAUCUGGAGGAAGCCAGGAGUGAUGGAGACCCAAGGCUGGAGGGCCCCAUUAUGCCUGCCAAGGCUGUACCUGGUUCAUCAACAGGAGAGGGGCAAGAAGCCGGUGGAGCAGGAGUUCCUGGAGCUGGUUGCUUACAUUCGACCAACAGCAGUAGCUUCAAGGAGCCAGGAAACUCAGAACUUAAGGACCCAGGCAAGAUGGAAGAAAGGAGCCAAGCAGAACCAAACAUUCAGAGUUCCUUUGGACAGACUCUCAGAAGUACACAGGAGGGAAAGCUGGGCCAGGAAGGCCCAGAGCCCUCUGACCUGGCUUCCCAGGGCUUGUCAGCUCUCCAAGACCUCUCCAAGGGGCUGGGCUCCGGCCUGAGUCAGGAGAGAGCAGCACCUCAGACACUGCUGACUCCUCAAGGUCACCCAGAGGAGACACCACAGGGUCAGCGUGGCCAGUCACCUCAGGGUUAUAAAGGAGAGUCAAUUCAGGGACAAGACAAAGGAGUUCCUCAGAGUCAAAGUGAAAGGAAGCAGGCUCAACAGGGCCAGGAAUUUAAAAUCCCUCCAUUGCAGGAAGGCAGUAAGUCAGAAGUCUGGGAGGAAGUUCAGAGAGGAGCCACAGUAUGGCGCCAGGAAGAGGACAAGCCUCAGGGUCAUCCCAGUGACUUCUGCAAGUCCCCAGAAAAACCCAUCCCUCAGCAUGUGGAAAAGGGGAUAGCAGGACCCCAGGGUGGGAGCACCCAGGUGACACAGGCAGCAGCCACCCAGGAAGGGACGUGGGCUCCUCCCACCCCACCACAGCUCCAAGGCCCAGAAGGAGGGAUACUUGUCUCUGAGGCGCAGGAGCGCCAGCCAAGGCUCCCCAGUGCUCUCAGGGAGCAGAGAGUCCCUAGGGACCCCAAACCCUCCAAGGACGCGUGGCCUGAGCCCCGGAACAGGGAGGAUGCACUGGCCAGCGCAGGGCAGGAGGUUCUGCAGCGACUGCUAGAGCUGAACGGAGCAGCCAGGCAGCGGCGGCGGAGGGACCGAGAGCAGCAGCGGCUCCGGGUCCUGGAACGACUCCGCAUCCUUGCGAACCACCAUCGCCGGGUUUAUCCGCUGGGGCUCCUUCCCAGCGUGGCUCAGAAGGCACCACAGGAGGACAGAGCAGGACGGCAACGCAUCUUGCGGGAACUGCUGGAACAAGUGCAUCGAGGCAGGACUUUGCAGCUGCGGGCACUCGGGGCCAGGAACACCCAGAACUUCCAGGAGCUACUGUCCCCUGGCACUGAGGAGCCUACUCUUGGAGAAUAGCUUUGACCCUACCCAACCUGCCCCUUCCCUUGCUGGGUCCCCUGGAGAUUUGGAGCUGAUGAUUAAGGAAAAGGCUAAAGGGGUGACGCUACUAGGUGUGAGAUAGUUUUAGAAAGGCCCAGAGGGAACCAUUAAGGCCAGGGAGAACACACACACACACACACACACACACACACACACACACACACACACAGAGAGAGAGAGUCUCGAACGCAUUCUCGAACGCACACGCACGAACAGAGCAAUGAGGCUCCACCAGAAAUCCUCUUAUUUCUUCUUCUGGUUCCUAAGUGACUGCCAGGCCCAAGCUCAGAGGGCCAGAUCUCGAGGGUCCAGGAGUGCAAAGGCACCAUUCUUACGGAAGAAUGACUCAAUUCGGCACAUCUUGCAGGAGACCAAUUCUUGCUUUGUUGGAGGGCCUGGGAAAAGAUGUCAGAUACUAGAAAUGGGUUUGUGAGAAGGAGGUCUCAGAGCACAGGAGUUUCCCACAUAGCCCUGAGACUCUACCCAUGUUGUACCUGCCCUGCAUAAACAAAUAAAAAGGACUUCUGAGAA